AUGCCUAUUGGCAACCCUAAUCUUCGUGUCUGCCUACUUCUUUAUCAUCCAUUCUUUCUUUCUUCCUUUACUUUGUCUUUUGUUGCUUCAUGUUAUUUCCUUGUCUUUUUAAUAUUGUUUUUCAUUUCCACCCUCCACUUUUUAUUUCCCCCUUUCUUUCUUUUUCUUUCUUUCUUUCUUUUUUUCUUUCUUUCUAUCUUUCGCCUCAAUCAUGUUGUGUUUUAUUUCUUGUACUUUUUUUGCAUUAAAUCAACCUUUCUUCUCUUCUCUCUUUCAUCUUUUCUUUCCUUUUUUUUUUUCUUUUCGAUAACUUUUUUUCAUUUUAUUUUCCUUGGCCUUUUCUCUUGUCUUUCUACCUUCUUGCUUUCUUUUUCCAACUCCACUCUUACUUCUUUCUUUCUUUCUUUCUUUCUUUCUUUCUUUCUUUCUUGUCCUGAAUUUGCUUUCUUUAUUUUUUGCAUUAAAUCAAUCUUUCUUUCUUUCUUUCUUUCUUUCUUUCUUUCUUUUAUUCCGUUGUCUUUUUUUUUGUUUUUUUUCUUUCUUUCAUUCACCCAUUCUUUCAUUUAUUCCUUCUUUCUUUCCUUCUUUCUUUCUUAA